UUCAUUCAUCGGGAUUUCCUCGAACAGAAGACAACGGGAAACCCGUAAGUUGAGUUCCCACCAUCUAGCAUGACUUGAAUAAGUCAAUCCAGGAAAUGGAGCUAUUUCACCUCUUGUGAUUUGAAGUGUGGCCGGAGGAAGGGGUACCCGCAACAGACGCAAUCCCAUCGCAUCUUCAGAUUGGAAGGUACAGUGUGGUUGGAAUGAAUGAGGAGGAGUGUUUCCAGCAUCGGGGUAAAGGCUCGGCUUGUGGGCGCUUCUCGUAGGCACCAGGAGGACCGGCUUGGGUUUGUGUGGGGUGGUGUUGAAUAUGGAUGAAGAAGGGCUCAAGAAGAUCUCAUUUUAGUGAGAUGGUAUUGGUUCGUUCACAGUCAUUUUGGAGUAUGCCGGAGAGGAUCAAGUCCCUAUCUGGUGAAUUGUUGAUUAUGCGGUGACUCCAUCAUAGCGUUCGGGAGUACACUGAGACAGAGGAGAAAGACAGGACACGGCCGGAGAGGCUAGGAUAGCCCAGAGAGAGGUUGUGUGUUCUCAUCCGCGUGUUUUGGAGUUCUUCGUUUUAUGGCUAAAAUUGGAAGUGCAGCAUUUCAGUUUGUGUCUCUCUGCGUGCACGUCUACGUAUAGGGCAGAAUUCGUUUGACCACCUUCGUAACGAUCGAUGGGGAAUUGCUGUGCUUGCGGACCCUCGAAACCACACCCGAAAAGUCAAAAAUCCAAUGUAUACUCAGGUGAUGGUUAUCCUUCUAAAGUUCUGGUCUUCAAGGACGUGAAGCAGGGUGAAAACCUUCAUGAUAAGUACACUCUAGGCCGAGAGCUUGGGCGGGGCGAGUUCGGUAUAACCUACUUGUGCAGGGACAAGGAGACUCAAGAGCAGUUGGCUUGCAAAUCUAUUUCAAAGCGCAAACUUCGUACUGCCGUUGAUGUGGAGGACGUGCGCCGAGAAGUUGCGGUCAUGCAUCACCUUCCGUCACAUCCGAAUAUUGUCACACUCCGAGGCGUCUACCAGGACGACGCAGCCGUGCAUCUCGUUAUGGAGCUUUGCGAGGGUGGGGAGCUGUUUGACCGCAUUAUUGCUCGGGGGCAUUAUAGUGAGCGCGAGGCUGCUGCUGUGACUCGCACCAUCGUUGAGGUUGUUCAAGUUUGUCACAAACACAGAGUGAUGCACCGCGACCUGAAGCCCGAAAACUUUCUGUUUGCAAAUAAGGAGAAUAACUCCCCUCUCAAGGCGAUAGAUUUUGGACUAUCCUGUUUCUUUACUCCAGGGGAACGCUUUUCGGAGAUAGUAGGCAGCCCUUAUUAUAUGGCACCUGAGGUUCUGAAGAGAAAUUAUGGCCCGGAAGUAGAUGUCUGGAGUGCUGGAGUAAUACUAUAUAUUCUGCUGUGCGGAGUUCCUCCAUUUUGGGCUGAAACUGAGCAAGGUGUAGCGUUGGCUAUACUUCGAGGUGUUUUAGAUUUCUCCAGAGAUCCGUGGCCGAAGGUAUCUGAUAAUGCCAAAUCUCUUGUCCGACAUAUGCUGGAAGCCGAUCCGAAGUCUCGGUACACUGCGCAGCAAGUGCUACAGCAUCCAUGGCUGCAAAAUGCCAAGAAGGCUCCCAAUGCAGCACUAGGAGACGCAGUGCGAGCCAGGCUGAAACAGUUUUCAGCCAUGAAUAAGCUCAAGAAGAAGGCUUUGCGGAUCAUAGCAGAGCACUUGUCGGGAGAGGAGAUAGAAGGCUUGAGAGACAUGUUUCAAAUGAUGGACACUGACAACAGCGGUGCAAUCACUUUUGAAGAGUUGAAAGCUGGUUUGCAGAAGAUCGGAUCGCAGUUGGCGGAGUCUGAGGUGAGACUCUUAAUGGAUGCCGCGGAUGUGGACGGUAAUGGGACCCUGGAUUACGGGGAAUUUGUGGCCGCUAGCAUACACUUGCAAAGGAUGGACAAUGAAGAACACUUACAGAAGGCGUUUGCGCACUUUGAUCGUAAUGGUAGCGGUUACAUCGAUAUGGAUGAGCUCCGAGAUGCUCUUGGUGACGACUUAGGCCCGAAUGAUACGGAUGUUAUUCAAGACAUAAUGCACGAGGUGGACACAGAUAAGGAUGGGCAAAUCAGCUACGAGGAAUUUGCCUCGAUGAUGCGCACUGGGACGGACUGGCGGAAAGCGUCUCGGCAUUAUUCUAGAGAGCUGUUUAACAGCUUAAGUACCAGGCUAUUCAGGGAUGGAUCUUUUCAGGCUGGCAAUUAUUCAUCCCGUGAGAAAAGAUGAGGAUGGUCAGAUGCACGUCCUCGUCCUCAUCAGUAAGUGGAGUGAGGCUUUCUUAACACUUCGAUUCGUUUUAUGGAAAGUCUGUCGUACACAAACUACUCUAAUCUAGUCUAUACGACAACAACCCUUCCACUAUUAUCCUAUCAUACCCUGAACUUAAUGAUGAUUGUCCUUGAGAAGUCUUGAAGAAACAAAUUAGUGGAAUGCCGGCGGGUUCAGUAGAAGUCAAAUUUGGCUUGUCCUUCGGCUUAUAGACACGUACAUCUUGAUCUUGAUUGGAUACUAGCCCUUCCUUUCCUGACUAAUCAUAGACACUACAGAUUCUAACUAGGCUCAUCUUGAACGAAACAACAAUGCGUUUGGGGUUCUGUUGAGUUGAGAUUAUAAUCACAACUUUUUUGGUUAAUAGGACCUUUUUUCAUGUGUACGCGUUGUAUUUCGUAUUCCCCAGCUGUGCUUGAACAUAAGUUGUUCCUUAUACUAAUUAACUUGAACUUCCUUUACCUUGUCCCACGUGUAAACCUACAUGCCGAGAGAGUUUGAAAAGAUCGAAACGUUGUUUGUAUUAACUCUUCCCAGAAGGUGGAUUUGGGGCUUGUCAGAGGUUGAGAAAAACUUGGUGCUGAAGUUAGUCUGGUACUUCGAAGAAUCCAGGAUAGUUUUCAUUCAUAAUAUUGUGUUCAACACAACUUCGGAGAUCUUCCGAAGGCCUAUUUACGGGCAAUCACGAGUAGCGUGAUUGAUCGUGUGUUGCAGGCUGCUGCGGAUACAGGUUGAAUGCUUUGGAUCUUUGCGUAAAUUACCAAAUAUCAGUUCAGUGGU